AAAUUUAAUUAAAAUAAUCUUAACGCCCCCAAUUUUAAUUAGUCUUGUAAUUUUACGUACAAUUAUAAACGAAUAAAAAAUUGACACAAUAUUAAUGAGUUUGAAUCUAUCCUUAACAGAUUUGACGAUAAAUGAAUGAAAGUAUUCAGACUCUCAAACCGACAUAUUAACAUGACUCCCAACGAAACGCUGCACAAACUUGUUAAACUAUACAUGAAACAUAGAGAAUAGAGAUUUCAAACCCAAAGAAUCUUUUGAUUGCUCUCAAAAAAUUAAUAUAAGAUAAAAGCUUUUUAUUUUCAAAAUUGGUUUAUAUUUGGCCUGUCAAAAUUCGACACGACACGAAUUAAGUGGGUUUGGUGAGAUCUUAAUAGGUUUGAGUAGUAAAUGAGUUGAUUCGCGAGACACGUUUAACAAAUGAGUCGUGUUUUGGUGAGACUUGUCAAACCUUUUAUCACAAGUUUACCUGUUUAAAUAAAAUUAAUAUAAAAAUAAAUUAAUAAUUAUUUUAAAAAAUUACCCGAAAAAAAAGAAGUAAAGAAAUUAAUACAAAAAAUAAUAAUAAAGUAAUAGUUUAAAGACAAAGGAGGGGAGAUGAGGAGAAGUUCAAAGACAAAGACAAACCAAUACCUUUUAUUUUUGUACCACAUCGACAAAUGAGAAGUACAGUUGCCAUGGAAAAUCAUAAUUCCUGCUGAAAACUUGGAUGCUAAAGGGUUGAUGCUUCAACGGGCAAUCAUCAUUCGUCUGAUGGAUGGGUUCUCGAUCAAGAAGGCCACGAAAGAUCUUGGUUAUUGUCUUGCGGUGACAACAUUAGAGAGCAUUGGGGAAGGGAAGGUUAGACAAAACUCAGGGGAUGUACUCUUUCCUGUUGUCUUCAGCUGCAUCACCUUCAGGAUUUACAGGGGAGAAAUCUUGGAGGGAGUUGUACACAAGAUUUUGAAGCACGGAGUUUUUUUGAGAUGUGGGCCUAUCGAGAACAUUUAUCUCUCCAAUAAGAAAAUGCCCGGAUAUGAGUAUGUGCCUGGGGAAAAUCCCAUCUUCAUGAAUGAAAAGAUGCCGAAAAUUGAGAAAGAUGUGGUGGUGCGUUUCAUUGUGAUUGGGGAAAAGUAUAUAGAGGCUCAGAGGGAAUUGCAAGCAGUUGUUAGCUUGGAGGGGGAUUUUCUUGGGCCCGUUUCUUAA